GCCAAAAACCUCUAUCUUUUCCCUCUCGAGUCCUGACGGAACCCGCCAAAAAGAAAUCACUAUAGCCUAAAAAUCUCUCUGUGUUCCGUGGAUUCGAGAGGUGAAGAACAUGAACGUCAUGGUCUACAGGUUUGUUUUCUGAGGCAUUGAACUAUAUCCUCCAACUGGGUCAUGCUUUAAAAUGUCGGUCCAGUUAUGCUUGAAAUAUUGAGGGAUUCGGUUUCUGUUAUGAUUUUGUCAAAUGGGUUUUCUUGCCAAGAUUACCCGUGUAACCCAUCCAACUACUUAUAUAGAUUCAGCUCUCGGCAUAUUGGUUUUCGCGCAUACGUUAAUUCAGCUAUAAUGUCGAAUAGCUGGUGUGCAAUAAUGCCUGACUCUGGCAUAAUUUCCACGUGGCAACCAAGGGCGCCACAAAUGAGUUUGCCAAGUUCCAUGAGGAUGCGCAGCUUGCGCAUUGUUGUGAACAUGGUUGCUAGUGCUGAUACUGGUUUGGUUUGUGAAGAACAGGAAGAAAACAAAUUGAUUGAAAGAGGAGAUGAAGGAUUUGAAGAAUCUUUUAUGGGGCAGACUCUGGCUCCUUGGGGAGAUAUAACGAUUCAUGAGGAUCCGGGUAUUGAACCUAGAUGUGUUAGUCAGCCUGAGUCAAAUCCAAAUGCAAUGAAGACUAUGGAUGAAACUAGGGUACAUUUACUUGAGGAAACAGAUGAAGAUUUGUUAUCAAAGCGGAUUUUGGUGCUUAGCAAAACCAAUAAGAUCAGGAGUUCGUUGGAACUGUUUAGGUCCAUGGAAUUGUCGGGUCUUUCUCCUAAUUUACAUGCAUGUAAUUCUCUUUUAUCUUGCCUUCUAAGGAAUGGGCUGCUUGAUGAUGGGUUGAGAGUCUUUGAAUUUAUGAAAACAAAGAAGAUAACAACAUCUCACACUUAUAGUUUAGUACUUAAAGAAGUUGCAAAUUCUCAGGGUUGCAAUACUGCCCUCGAAAUGUUUAUGGAAUUGCUAGGGGAAUGUGAGGUGAAGAAGGAUUUUGACGCAAUCGUCUAUAACACAAUGAUUACAGUUUGUGGUAAAGUUAACAAUUGGGUUGAAACAGAGAGGAUAUGGAAAAGUAUGAAGGCAAAUGGCUGCUGUGCAACACGAGUUACUUAUUGCCUCUUAGUUAGCAAUUUUAUUCAUAGCAGUCAAAAUGAGCUGGCUCUUGAUGCUUACAGUGAGAUGGUUCGAAAUGGAUUUGAACCAGGGAAUGAUACAAUGCAGGCUAUAAUCAGUGCGUGCAUGAAGGAGGGAAACUGGAGUUUGGCGCUAAGUGUCUUUCAAGACAUGUUGAAGGGUGGGCUUAAGCCAAACCUAAUAGCAUGCAAUGCAUUGAUCAACUCUCUUGGAAAAGCCAGGGAGGUCAAAUUAGCAUUUGUGAUUUAUGAUAUAACAAGGUCUUUGGGUCAUUCACCAGAUUCGUACACAUGGAAUGCUCUACUGGGUGCUUUGUAUAAGGCAGAUCGACAUGAUGAUGCUCUUCAUCUCUUUGAGAGCAUUAAGAGAGGUGAGGGCCCUCUAUUGAAUUUACAUUUGUACAACACUGCAUUAAUGUCUUGCUCGAAGCUUGGGUCAUGGGAUAGAGCUCUGCAGCUUUUGUGGCAAAUGGAAGCUUCUGGACUCUCAAUUCCAAGUGCAUCAUAUAAUCUUGUCAUCAGUGCUUGUGAGAUUGCCAGGAAGCCAGAAGUUGCAUUGCAAGUGUAUGAGCACAUGGUCCACCAAAAGUGCAAUCCAGACACACUCACUCAUUUAUCACUAUUAAGAGGUUGUAUUUGGGGAUCUUUAUGGGAUGAAGUGGAGGAAAUCUUAAAUCGGACUGCACCAAGUAUUUCUCUUUACAAUGCCGUCAUUCAGGGCAUGUGCUUGAGAGGCAAUAUUGAUUAUGCAAAGAAGCUAUAUGCAAAAAUGCGCGAGUGUGGUCUUCAACCUGAUGGUAAAACACGUGCUUUGAUGCUUCAAAACUUACCAAAAGAUUUAGCUAGACAAAGAAACAGGUGGUCUUCUCGUUACAGAGAACAUCGGCGGACAAUAAAAUGAG